GGGCGCGGUGCCUUUAAGGAAACGGCUCCUCCCAGGUCAGGGAAAAUUUCAAGCUGUUCCUGCAGCAGCUGUGGUGGUUAACCGCGACGAGAGCCGGGGAAUCUGCGGGGCGCGCUGCGUACAGCUCUGAGAACUCUGCAGCCAGGGAACGGGAGCUGCCUUCCAGCCUGAGGAUAACGAUGGAGGCUGUUGAUUUGUCCUUCCUUUCGGAAGCUGAGAGGGAUCUGAUCCUCCAGGUCCUGCAACGAGAUGAAGCACUGCGGAAAGCAGAAGAGAGGAGAAUCAGGCGCCUGAAGAAUGAGCUGCUAGAGAUCCGCAGAAAGGGAGCCAAGAGGGGAAGCCAGCGCUACAGCGAGAGGACGUGCGCCCGCUGUCAGCAGAGCCUGGGGCGGAUCAGCCCCAAAGCCAAUACUUGCCGUGGCUGCAACCAUCUGGUGUGCCGGGACUGCCGCUCCUAUAGCGCCAACAGUUCCUGGCGCUGCAAAGUCUGCACCAAGGAGGCGGAGCUGAAGAAAUCAACUGGUGACUGGUUCUAUGACCAAAGAGUAAAUCGAUUUGCUAGCAGGCUGGGCAGCGACAUCAUUCGAAUGUCUCUUCGGCGCAAACCACAGGCUAACAAAAGGGAGACAACAGGGCAAGCUCUUCUGCAGAAGGCCCAGCUCACCGAUACAAAAGGUUCCCCCAAGGCAACACCAAAGAGUCCCCAGCAGCAACGCAAGGAACCCAGUUUGACCCCUGAUCACUUGGAGCUUCGAGAUGCAAGGAGUGACACAGAAUCCACUGAGAACAUGAGUCUGGAUGGCUUCCACACUGUCUCUUCUCCUACAGCUCCUGGCCCCAGCCCUCAACAAGAGAGGACAAAAGCUACCAGCCCUUCAGGGUCCAAUGCAUCCAGCCUGACGCUCCCCAGCCGCUUCAGAGAGGCCCUCCCCUCCGAUUCAGAUGGUGAUGCUCGUUUGGGGAUCCAAGGUGCAGCUUCAGCUAAUGAUAAUGAAACCUUGUUCAAGAAGAAUCCCAGGAGAGUUCAGAGGCCUUCAGAAUACACAAAGUCAGUGAUUGACCUAAGACCAGAGGAGCCUGUCAUUGAAAGUGGGCCUCUAGGAGACAGAAGCAAAUCAGUCCCAGGCCUCAACGUUGAAAUGGAAGAGGAAGAGGAGGACAUAGACAGCCUGGUAGAGAUUCACCGGAGAAGGACAGCCAGAUGCAGCAUGCGUAGCGGUACAUCCUCGAGCACUUUGGGAAGCAUGGUCAGUAUCUACAGCGAGGCGGGCGACUUUGGCAAUGUCUGUGUUACGGGAGAAAUUGCUUUCUCCCUGAGCUAUGAGCAGAAGUUGCAGACCCUCUUCAUCCACAUGAAGGAGUGUCGCCAGCUGGCCUAUGCUGAUGAGGCCAAGAAGCGCUCCAACCCGUAUGUGAAGACAUACCUCCUCCCGGACAAAUCGCGCUCGGGGAAGCGGAAAACCACCAUCAAACGGAACACCGUUAACCCACUGUACAACGAGCUGCUCAAGUAUGAGAUCAGCAAGGCCCUCCUGCUGACGAGGACCUUGCAGUUCUCUGUCUGGCACCAUGACCGUUUUGGCCGGAACACUUUCUUGGGAGAGGUGGAGGUCCCGAUGGACACCUGGAACUUUGAGAGCCCGUUGGAGGAGUGCCUCCCCCUGCAUGGCAAGAAUGCUGCAGACUCAUCUGCUUCUCCUCACUACAAAGGCGAAUUGGUGGUUUCUUUGAAGUUCAUUCCACCUGCUAAGCAUGCCAGUGCAGGAAACGGAAGAAAAGGCAAAAAGGAAGACGGAGGUGAACUUCAGGUGUGGAUCAAAGAGGCCAAGAACUUGACAGCAGCCAAAUCUGGAGGGACAUCUGACAGCUUUGUCAAGGGGUAUUUGCUCCCUCUGAGAAACAAGGCCACUAAAAGGAAGACACCAGUCGUGAAGAAGAGCCUUAGCCCCCACUACAACCACACCUUGGUCUACAACAACAUCAGUCCCGAAGAGCUGCCGCACAUCUGCCUGGAGCUUACUGUGUGGGACCGGGAGCCUCUUUCCAGCAACGAUUUCUUGGGAGGAGUCCGACUCGGCGUUGGGAAUGGGAUGAGCAAUGGCCAACUGGUGGACUGGAUGGAUUCUACCGGAGAGGAGAUUAGUCUGUGGCAGAAGAUGCGCAAGUACCCCGGGUCGUGGGCAGAGGGAACCCUUCCCCUUCGCCCCACAAUGGCCAGGGCAAGACCAUAACUUUGUUCCAGCUGGCUUUUGAGAUGGGGCACAGGAGGCAAAUGAUGGCCAAGUUCACUGCACUAGAGAGUUUGUGGGAUGCAGCAGCAAACUUCCUGGCUUUGUACCACCUGUACCAAUAGAACUAACACUUGAAAGGGCCCUUGAAGCUGGCUUGUUCUGGAGGGAAAUUCUUGGCAGUCUGUUCCAAGGAUCUUUUGUCUUAUGACCAACUUUAUUGGACCCUUUCCGGGGGGGGGGGGUGUCCUGCCAAAGUGCCUUUUAAAAAUGCCUUCUUUUCCCUUAUUUUCUUUAUCCCUCAAACUCCCUUUCCUAUUUUUUACCACCCCCCUGAAGCCUUCUGCAACAUACUGAAUCUCUGCAUCCUGUUCUUGAUUUUAAAUGUUAAUACCUUCUGUUCUGUUCUGUGCACAGCACAAAGGGUCACUGAAAUAAAGUUUGGGUGUAUGAA